UACAGGAUCGGCCUUGGCUGUUUGGGCUGGAGGGGGGCGCUUGUGUGUGUCUAAGACAGAGCCACCCCCCCCCCCCAGCCACCAUUGGAGAGCGAGCCAGCGCCAGCGGGAGCAAGGCUGGCGAGACAGCCGCAGUGUGCGCCCUCCCAGGCGGGCACAGAGCAGCGGGAGCAGCCGCGGAGCCGAGAGGGGAGCCGGGCAUGGCUGAGUGAAGAAGCCCCGGGUCGCCUCCUCCAGCCCCGGGGGAACGGGCGGAGAGGUGCCGCUCCGGACUGCAGCCCCACCCGCGCGCUCAGCGCCAGCCCCCCCCUUGCUGAUUUGGGGGGGAAGGGAAGGAGGGGUGAUUUGGGGGGGGGCUGGCGGGGCAUUUCGUCUUGGACGCUGGAGGAAAGGGCUGCCUGGGCGCUUCAGCCGUGGAGUAUUGGGGGAUCGGAGACACAUUUCCAGAGACACCAUCUGCAGUGUCAAUGCGGCGCCUGCACUGAAGACCGGGGGAGGGAGGGAGAAGGAAAAAAAACCAGCUUUCCCAGGACAAAAUCCGUGAAGGGACUUUGAAAACACUUGCCGCUCCGCAUCCUCACUCCCUUGGGAAUACAAAACUUUCUAACCAUGUCGGCGGCCAUGUGGAAAUGGACUUGCCUGAUUGCCCACCUGCUCCUAUCUACUAUGAUGUCAUCCCUCGCUAGGCAACAGCCACCUCAUCCAAAGAGGCCCUUUGCCACUUUCCCUGGAGAGCAGGCAGAGGGGACUUUUAACCACUUGGUGGUUGAUGAAAAAACUGGGCACAUUUACUUGGGGGCCGUCAACAGGAUCUACAAACUCUCCAAUGACCUAAAAGUUCUGGUGACCCACCAGACUGGUCCAGAUGAGGAUAACCCAAAGUGCUAUCCUCCCAGGAUAGUCCAGACUUGCAAUGAACCCUUGACUCUCACUAACAAUAUCAACAAGAUGCUCCUGAUAGACUACAAGGAGAACCGGUUGAUCGCCUGUGGGAGCCUUUACCAGGGGAUCUGCAAGCUGUUGAGGCUGGACGACCUCUUCAAGCUGGGAGAGCCCUUCCAUAAGAAGGAGCAUUACCUCUCUGGGGUAAACGAGAGUGGCUCUGUUUUUGGAGUCAUUGUUUCUUACAGCAACAUGGAUGACAAGCUGUUCAUUGCCACAGCCGUGGACGGCAAGCCGGAGUAUUUCCCCACCAUCUCCAGCAGGAAGCUCACCAAGAACUCCGAGGCAGACGGGAUGUUCGCUUAUGUCUUUCACGAUGAGUUCGUGGCCUCUAUGAUCAAGAUCCCCUCAGACACGUUCACCAUCAUCCCUGACUUCGACAUCUACUACAUUUACGGCUUCAGCAGCGGCAACUUCGUCUACUUUCUGACCCUGCAGCCCGAGAUGAUCUCCCCGCCUGGCUCCACCACCAAGGAGCAGGUCUACACCUCCAAGCUGGUCCGGCUCUGCAAGGAGGACACAGCCUUCAACUCCUACGUCGAGGUGCCCAUUGGCUGCGAGAAGAAUGGGGUGGAGUACCGGCUCCUCCAAGCAGCCUAUUUAUCCAAGGCAGGUGCCAUCUUGGCCAGGUCCUUGGGUGCCAGCCCCGACGACGAUAUCCUCUUCACAGUCUUCUCCAAGGGGCAAAAGAGGAAAAUGAAGUCCUUGGAUGAGUCUGCUCUGUGCAUCUUCAUCCUGAAAAAGAUCAACGACCGCAUCAAAGAAAGGCUUCAGUCCUGCUACAGGGGAGAGGGGACCUUAGAUCUGGCCUGGCUCAAAGUCAAGGACAUUCCCUGUAGCAGCGCGCUGUUAACAAUUGAUGACAAUUUCUGCGGCCUGGAUAUGAAUGCCCCUCUGGGAGUAUCGGAGAUGGUGCGAGGUCUCCCCAUCUUCACCGAAGACGGGGACAGGAUGACAUCCGUGAUCGCCUACGUCUACAAGAACCACUCACUGGCGUUCGUGGGCACCAAAAGUGGCAAGAUGAAAAAGAUCCGCGUAGAUGGCCCCACCAAUAGCGCCCUGGAGUACGAGAUCGUGCAGGUGGUGGACACCGGUCCCAUAUUACGGGAUAUGGCCUUUUCAAUGGAUCAUGAGCACCUGUACAUCAUGUCUGAGAAGCAGCUGACCAGAGUGCCUGUGGAGUCGUGCGGGCAGUACAAGACCUGCAGCACGUGCCUGGGCUCCGGGGACCCCCACUGUGGCUGGUGUGUGCUUCACAACACGUGCACCCGGAAGGAACGGUGCGAGCGCUCCAGCGAGCCUCGGAGAUUUGCCUCGGAGAUGAAGCAGUGUGUCCGGCUCACCGUGCAUCCCAACAACAUCUCCGUCUCCCAGUACAACGUGCUGCUGGUCUUGGAGACCUACAACGUCCCUGAGUUGUCAGCAGGGGUCAACUGCACCUUCGAGGACCUUUCCGAGAUGGACGGCUUGGUGGUGGGGAACCAGAUCCAGUGCAUCUCCCCGGCUGCCAAGGAGGUGCCCCAGAUCAUCAUGGAGAAUGGAGACCAUCACAUUGUCCAGCUCCAGCUGAAGUCCAAGGAGACAGGCAUGACCUUCGCCAGCACCAGCUUUGUCUUCUACAACUGCAGCGUCCACAACUCGUGUCUGUCCUGUGUGGAGAGCCCCUAUCGGUGUCACUGGUGCAAAUAUCGCCACGUCUGCACCCACGACCCCCGUUCCUGCUCCUUCCAGGAAGGGCGAGUCAAGCUGCCAGAGGACUGUCCUCAGUUGCUCCAGGCAGACAAGAUCCUGGUGCCGGUGGAAGUGAUCAAGCCAAUCACCCUGAAAGCCAAGAACCUGCCACAGCCGCAGUCGGGGCAGCGGGGCUAUGAGUGUAUCCUGACUAUCCAGGGCAACGAGCAGCGGGUCCCCGCCCUGAGGUUUAACAGCUCCAGCGUGCAGUGCCAGAACACCUCGUAUUCAUAUGAAGGGAUGGAGAUUAACAGCCUGCCGGUGGAGCUGACAGUCGUGUGGAAUGGGAAUUUCAACAUUGACAACCCAGCGCAGAACAAAGUGCACCUGUACAAGUGUGGGGCCAUGCGGGACAGCUGCGGCCUGUGCCUGAAGGCCGACCCAGACUUCGAGUGCGGCUGGUGCGAGGGACAGAACCAGUGCACGCUGAAGCACCACUGCCCCAUCCAGGAGAACCAGUGGCUGGAACUGUCCGGGACCAAGGGCAAAUGCACCAAUCCCCGGAUCACCGACAUCAUCCCGGUGACGGGCCCUCGGGAAGGAGGAACCAAAGUGACAAUCCGGGGGGAGAAUCUGGGCCUGGAGUUCCGGGACAUUGCAUCUCACGUCAAAGUGGCUGGAGUGGAGUGCAAACCACUGGUGGAAGGAUACAUCCCGGCAGAGCAGAUAGUGUGCGAGAUGGGAGAGGCCAAACCCAGCCAGCAUGCCGGAUUCGUGGAGAUCUGCGUGGCCGAGUGUAAGCCCGAGUUCAUGGCCAGGUCCUCCCAGCUGUACUACUUUAUGACUCUGACUCUCUCUGACCUGAAGCCAAAGCGGGGUCCAGUGUCGGGGGGCACACAGGUGACCAUUACAGGCACCAACCUGAAUGCUGGCAGCAACGUUGUGGUGACAUUUGGCCGGCAGCCCUGUCUCUUUUACAGGAGGUCCACGAAGCACAUUGUCUGUAACACCACAGCCUCGGACGACGGCUUUGAUAAGGUGAAGGUGUCCGUGAGGGUGGACAAGGCCAAGAUACAUCAGGAGUUGCAGUUUGAGUACAUGGAGGACCCCACCAUCCUGAGGAUUGAGCCGGAGUGGAGCAUCAUCAGUGGAAACACCCCCAUAGCCGUGUGGGGAACUCACCUGGACCUUAUCCAGAACCCUCAGAUCCGGGCCAAGCAUGGUGGGAAAGAACACGUCAAUAUCUGCGAGGUACAGAACGCCACAGAGAUGACCUGCCAGGCCCCAGCACUGCCCGUGGACCCAAAUCACCAGUCCGAGCUAACCGAGCGCCCAGAAGAGUUUGGUUUCAUCCUGGAUAAUGUUCAGUCCCUGCUGAUCCUCAACAAAACCAACUUCACCUACUACCCAAACCCAGUCUUUGAGGCUUUCAACCCCUCGGGGAUCCUGGAGCUGAAGCCAGGAACUCCCAUCAUACUAAAGGGGAAGAACCUAAUCCCGCCGGUGACUGGAGGGAACGCCAAGCUGAAUUACACCGUGCUGAUAGGCGAGAAGCCAUGUGUGGUGACUGUGUCGGACGUGCAGCUGCUGUGCGAGUCCCCGAACCUCAUUGGACGGCACAAAGUGAUGGCUCGAGUGGGAGGAUUGGAGUUCUCCCCAGGGAUGGUCUACAUCUCUCCCGACAGCCCGCUCAGCCUGCCGGCCAUCGUCAGCAUCGCCGUGGCUGGCGGCCUGCUCAUUAUCUUCAUCGUGGCCGUGCUGAUUGCGUACAAGCGCAAGUCCCGCGAGAGCGACCUGACCCUCAAGCGGCUGCAGAUGCAGAUGGACAACCUGGAGUCCAGAGUGGCACUGGAGUGCAAGGAAGCUUUUGCAGAGCUUCAGACAGACAUUCACGAGCUGACGAGCGACUUGGAUGGCGCCGGCAUCCCCUUCCUUGAUUACCGCACCUACACCAUGAGGGUGCUUUUCCCUGGCAUUGAAGACCACCCUGUCCUGCGGGAUCUGGAGGUCCCUGGCUAUCGGCAGGAGCGGGUAGAGAAGGGCUUGAAGCUCUUCGCCCAACUCAUCAACAACAAGGUGUUCCUGCUGUCCUUCAUCCGCACUCUGGAGUCCCAGCGCAGCUUCUCCAUGCGGGACCGUGGCAACGUGGCCUCGCUCAUCAUGACCGUGCUGCAGAGCAAGCUGGAGUAUGCCACCGAUGUCCUCAAGCAGCUCCUGGCCGAUCUCAUUGACAAGAACUUGGAGAGCAAAAACCACCCCAAGCUGCUGCUGAGGAGGACGGAGUCUGUGGCAGAGAAGAUGCUCACUAAUUGGUUCACCUUCCUGCUGUACAAGUUCCUCAAGGAAUGCGCUGGCGAGCCGCUGUUCUCCCUCUUCUGCGCCAUCAAACAGCAGAUGGAAAAGGGCCCCAUUGACUCCAUCACCGGGGAAGCCCGUUAUUCGCUGAGCGAGGACAAGCUCAUCCGGCAGCAGAUUGACUACAAGACACUGGUCCUGAGCUGCGUGAACCCCGACAACGUGAACAGCCCAGAGAUUCCCGUGAAGAUCCUCAACUGCGACACCAUCACGCAGGUCAAGGAGAAGAUUCUUGACGCCAUCUUCAAGAAUGUGCCGUGCUCCCACAGGCCCAAAGCUGCUGACAUGGACCUGGAGUGGCGGCAGGUGAGUGGGGCCCGGAUGAUCCUGCAGGACGAAGACAUCACCACCAAGAUAGAGAACGACUGGAAGAGACUCAAUACCUUGGCACACUACCAGGUGCCAGAUGGAUCGGUGGUAGCAUUAGUCUCCAAGCAGGUCACUGCCUACAAUGCUGUCAACAACUCCACUGUCUCCAGGACCUCAGCUAGCAAGUAUGAAAACAUGAUCCGUUACACGGGCAGCCCAGACAGCCUGCGCUCCCGCACACCCAUGAUCACACCUGAUCUGGAGAGUGGAGUCAAGAUGUGGCAUCUAGUCAAGAAUCAUGAGCACGGAGACCAAAAAGAGGGUGACCGGGGCAGCAAGAUGGUGUCCGAGAUCUACCUGACCAGGCUGCUAGCCACCAAGGGCACUUUGCAGAAGUUUGUCGACGACCUCUUUGAGACGAUCUUCAGCACGGCGCACCGCGGCAGCGCUCUGCCCCUGGCCAUCAAGUACAUGUUUGAUUUCCUGGACGAGCAGGCAGACAAGCACAACAUCCACGACCCCCACGUGCGGCACACCUGGAAGAGCAACUGUUUGCCACUACGGUUCUGGGUCAACAUGAUCAAAAACCCCCAGUUCGUAUUCGACAUCCACAAGAACAGCAUCACAGAUGCCUGCCUCUCGGUGGUGGCUCAGACCUUCAUGGACUCCUGUUCAACCUCGGAGCACCGUCUGGGCAAAGACUCCCCUUCCAACAAGCUUCUGUAUGCCAAGGACAUCCCCAGCUACAAGAAUUGGGUGGAAAGAUUCUCGGAGCCCUCGAUCAAGACGACCAGGCCGGGAAACAGAAACUCGCCUACAAACUUGAACAAGUCAUAACCCUCAUGAGCAUAGACAGCUGAGAACUGGCCUGCCAGGGGAGCCCUGGAAGGGAAAAACCAAGCCGUGCCUCAGUCAAGAUCACCAUCUUUACCAAGUGCAAGUGUAAGCAGAGUCACCUGCUCAGUGCUCUCUCUCUCUUCCUCUCUCGCCUCUCUCCAAACCUAUAGACCAGGCCCCAGGAUUCCCAGGAAGUGGUGGAGGAAUCUCAGCUUUGGGGGACAUCGAGACAUUCAGUUGGAGCUCUCUUGUUCACCGCUUCCCCUUCCUCCCUCGCCCUAGAAAGACCAUAUCAGCUGUAUCCAGAUGGGAAACUGGACGGUGGCCCUCUGCCAUGCUGCUUUAAUUGCCCUCCUGGGCCCAUAGCCCCGGAGCGGCCGUGGAAACAAACUCAGUAUUAUUAGAGUCUUGCCAAGGGGAAGCUACUCCGCUUGUUUGGCCUGCCUCCAGGGGUCCCAACGGGGGCAGGAGUGAACCUGGAUCCUUCUCCAGCAGAGCCGUUACAGCGCCUUUGGUCAACCUCAAUCCCACAGGCGGGAAUUCAAGGCAGUUCCGGGAAGCCCCAGGGACCUGGUUAAAAUUGGAGCAGGACCGUCGUGGAACUGGGGACACUAACUAUCUGGGUGAACAGCAAUGUGAGCCGUUCUCCAGGGAUGGGGGGAAGGUGGGGCCUCACCUUGCCCACCCGCCCCGUUUUUCGUACGUUUAUUAUUAUUUUUAAAACAGAUCUGUGUCCCUCCCGGUCUUUCCCGGUGUGUCCUGUCGACCGUAUAACUGCAACAAAAUGCUCUCUGCCUAGUUGUACCCUAUUGGUGGUAAUCGUGUCCUCCUGGCGGUGUAUAGCACCCUGUUUCCAACCAUGUCCCAGAGAAGACAAGCCACAAGGAGCCACACAUCAUUCUGGCCUUGAAAAUCAUGACGGCCCAGGAAAUGGAUAAGUUCUACCACAGGAUUUUUGUUUGUUUCUCUUUCUGAGCUGGAACAAGAUGGUUUUUGUUGAACGAUGUGGGGUGUUUGCUGCAAAACGUGAGGGUAGGUCUGUGGGACAAUAGUCAAUAACUUCCUCUCAGGCUGCUCCUAGGAGGAAGUGACCUCGCUGCUGGGGGGAGGAAGUGACCUCACACCUAUUGGGCUUUUUUCUUAAAAACAGUGCAAAGUUUUCUUCUUUAAUAUUCCAAACUAAGUGGCUGUUUUUCAGCAACACCGAGCCACCUUUCUCCCCCUUGCUCUCCUUUCCUGUCCCCAGACAUUCCUCAUUUCCCACUCCCAUCUCCCUCCCCAACAAUUGACUCAUUUGCAAAGCACAGCUGGUGCCUGCAAACUAUAUCCCUGCUCCUCCUGUCCCCGGUGCCAGCACUCAUUUGCCUCCCCUCCCUCCCGAGGUCACGGUCGUCUCGGAAUGGGCAUGGAUGUGAGAUGAUGCUUGUCCACUCCACUCCCCCAGAACAGCUGCAUCUCCGAGGUCCAAGCCAUCUUGUAACGAAACCCAGUCCUCUCCUCGUUUUGUACGAUCGCAAACUGCUCACUUUGAUACCAUCUCAGCUCAGCGUGGCGGAGACACCGACUCCAGAGCACAAACCAGAAAACCUCAAAUUUGGCACAAUACUGAGCGGGGAUGGAAGGAGG